AUGUGCAAACUAUACAUAACAAUAUGUAUUUACAUAUUUUUUUACUUCCAACCUGAUACACAGGCUUACAAUAUAUACCAGUUAAACUCAAACGCAAGAAAUGAUUUAUUACCAAAAUUAAAACAGCUUUUGAAAGCCCAACAAAUUGAAGAACCGAAAUUUGAGAAGAUAUAUAUUAACAAAGAGAGAAGUAAAAAUCGCAAGUUCAAGCCGAUAGGUAAAUCUCUAAUUGUUAAGAGAAUCAUACCCCAUGGUUAUAAGGGAGACGAAUAUGAGUACGAUUCAAAAUUGAACACGGUUUACAAGCCACUGGUAAGGUACCAUGUUAAAAAGCCCGCUAGCGAACACGAGAGAACGAUUUUUAAAGGAAUCGAAGACGAUUACAAUUCAAAGAAUGGAAUCGACGAUGGCGUGAUCGUGUUAUUGAAAAAAGGUCGGAAUAACAACCAAGACCUUUUGAGUAAGAUAGAUAAUUUUUUGAAGAAGACCGCGCGACCACAUAGAAAGAAGAAAGGAUGGAAUAAGAAAAGGUUCCGACAGGUGAUGAGUAGACUGGAUGAAGAUGAAGAUGAGGCAUUGCUUCGGGUCCUGGACAAGUCUGGGGAGCUUCAUGACCCCCUCGCCCCUGGAAAACUUCCAACGCACUUAGAAUCGUCUUCAUCGGAGGAGGAGGAGGAGCGUCCGAAAGUCACCUUACCUAAUUAUCCUUUUUAUAACUAUUGGACGUAUCAGAAGAAUAUCUUACAAGACCUCUGUCCCGGCAAUACGGUGCAGAUGGGUAAUAUAUGUAUGAGCGUGACCGGCCAUCGAAGAUCUGGUACUAUCAAAGAUGCCAUUAAAUCCGGCACAAAUAUCGUGUUUUAA